AUGCUUAAUGUCAUGGACAGCAAUGAGGUUUCACCGGGGUCUGCUGCCACCAUGAUAAAGAAGGCGGUGGGCGGCGAUGGAUGCGGUCACAUCAACGCGUCCAAAUGCACAACGAGCAACAGCAACAAGAACUGCCUGGACUCCGUCUCUGCUGGCGCACCGAGCACCAAACAACACGGCGUGAACAGCGACGUCGUGAUGGAUGAGACGGAGGACGGGGAAGAGGAGUCCAAGUUUCAGCAUCCGCGGCUGCGCCGAGCCGGUGGAAGCGGCGGAGGUGGAGGAGGAGGAAGCGGCAGUAUCAGGAUGAAGAACUUUACGCCAGGAGGGGGAGCCGCCUCCACGGCUUCCAGGAGAAACUCCAACAAGGAGCCGUGCGUUACGCUCACAGAGGACGCCUCUGUCGCCCCACGGCCCACUGCUGCCUCCCGAGCUACCGAGACCCAGACACCCAGUCCGGGCGAUGCUGUCCAUCAGCGCGAGGACGCCGGCAGAGCAUCCGGGGCGGAGGCGCCGGAGUCAGCGGUCGCGGUAGAGGUUUCGAACGCCACAGCGGGUGAUGCUUGCAAUAGCGUCGCCCCAAUUUCCAGCAUGAAAUGCAACAAAAACGGAGAAUGCAGGAGGGACUCGGGAGCCGGGAGCCUGCGCUCAAUCAUCACCAAGCAGGAGAAGCAAACAGGAGGGCCGGGGAGGGCCGAGGAUGGAGGGAGCGCCAAGCGAGGAGCCUGUAACUCGACCUCCGCCAGCAUGGACGGCUCCAUCACACCAGGCGGUUCUCUGACCAGCGGGCAUGUCGGAGAGAGCACCGGUACCCCGGUGUCGAGCGGGGUCCCCGACAAAAAGGACUCUAAGGUGUCCUUCUCCAACGCGCCAAGCCGGAAAGCCUCGUCUUCGCUGCACGGCCCGAGUCAGACUCAGCAACAGCAGCAGCAGCCUAGAAACUCUGUCACUUUCCAGAAGCAGGAGGAUGGACCCCCGAUUGUGCCGGCUGAAGAUGCCGAACCUCGGGGCAGUCAAGCCAGCUUCAUGCAGCGGCAGUUUAGUAGCAUGCUGCAGCCUGGAGUUAAUAAAUUCUCCUUACGCAUGUACGGUAGUCAGAAGGCAGUGGAGAGAGAGCAGGAGCGGGUUAAAUCAGCUGGAAACUGGAUUAUCCACCCUUACAGCGAUUUCAGGUUCUACUGGGAUUUCACAAUGCUGCUGUUCAUGGUGGGAAACCUGAUCAUCAUCCCUGUGGGCAUCACCUUCUUCAAGGAAGAGACCACGACACCCUGGAUCAUCUUCAAUGUGGUUUCUGACACCUUUUUCCUCAUGGACCUGGUGCUCAACUUUCGCACUGGAAUCAUCAUUGAGGACAACUCAGAUAUCAUUUUGGACCCUAAAACUAUUAAGAUGAAGUACUUAAAGACGUGGUUCAUUGUGGACUUUAUCUCCUCCAUCCCAGUGGAUUACAUAUUUCUCAUUGUAGAGAAAGGGAUUGACUCAGAGGUGUACAAGACGGCCCGAGCUCUGAGAAUCGUCCGCUUUACCAAAAUUUUAAGUCUUCUGAGGCUGUUGAGGCUCUCCAGAUUAAUACGUUAUAUUCACCAGUGGGAGGAGAUCUUUCAUAUGACCUAUGACCUGGCCAGUGCAGUGAUGCGGAUCAUCAAUCUGAUUGGCAUGAUGCUGCUGCUUUGCCACUGGGAUGGCUGCCUCCAGUUCCUGGUUCCCAUGCUGCAGGACUUCCCCUCAGACUGUUGGGUGUCCCUCAACAAGAUGGAGAAUGACACAUGGUCAGAGUUGUACUCCUUUGCUGUAUUCAAGGCUAUGAGCCACAUGCUGUGCAUCGGCUAUGGCCGACAGGCCCCGGAAAGUCUGUCUGAUAUCUGGCUCACCAUGCUGAGUAUGAUUGUAGGAGCGACUUGCUAUGCUGUAUUUAUUGGCCAUGCAACAGCUCUCAUCCAGUCCCUGGACUCCUCCAGACGGCAGUAUCAGGAAAAGUACAAACAAGUGGAGCAAUAUAUGUCCUUCCACAAACUCCCUGCUGACUUCCGACAGAAAAUCCAUGAUUAUUACGAGCACAGGUACCAGGGAAAGAUGUUUGAUGAGGAGAGCAUUCUGGGAGAACUCAACGAACCUCUCAGAGAGGAAAUUGUCAACUUCAACUGCCGCAAGCUAGUGGCAUCUAUGCCGCUAUUUGCCAAUGCAGAGCCCAACUUUGUUACAGCCAUGUUGACAAAGCUACGGUUUGAGGUAUUCCAACCACAUGAUUACAUCAUAAGAGAAGGCACAAUUGGGAAGAAAAUGUACUUCAUUCAGCAUGGAGUCUGUAGCGUCAUCACUAAGGGCACUCUUGCCAUGAAGCUGUCCGAUGGCUCAUAUUUUGGAGAGAUCUGUUUGUUGACUAGGGGUCGGCGUACAGCCAGUGUGCGUGCAGAGACAUACUGCCGAUUGUACUCCCUCUCUGUUGACCACUUCAAUGAGGUGCUGGAAGAAUAUCCAAUGAUGAGACGAGCAUUUGAGACUGUUGCCAUCGACCGUCUGGACCGAAUAGGGAAAAAGAACUCCAUCCUGAUGCACAAGGUUCAACAUGAUCUUAACUCCGGGGUCUUCAAUAACCAAGAGAAUGAGAUGAUCCAGGAGAUUGUCAAAUACGAUCGCGAAAUGGUGAAACGAGUGGAUCUACAGCGACCCAGAGCCAUGUCAAUGACCCCAUCCAUUGGCGGUAUCUUUGCUCCUCCUGGACAGCCUCCAACAGGCUCUGCUAUUGCCACCCUUCAGCAGGCUGUGGCCAUGAGCUUCUGCCCCCAGAUGGUUGGACCAGGGACUCUUCAGUCUCCUCACAUGGUGCGACGGUUCCAGGUCCUGCAGAACCUGUCCAGUCCAGUUUCCAUGUCUCCUCUUCAGUCUCAACCCCCUCAGAACCUUGGCGGUGCAUUUGGUUCUGCAAUCUCUAGCCCACCUGUCCAAAGUCCACUAGCAGCUUCAGGGCGGCCCUUCCAAUACAUGGGGAGCGCAGGACCCUCUGGUUCCCAGUUGUCCCUCGUGCAGCAUCAUAUACCGAGCCCCCCACAGACCCACCAGAGGCCUGCCUCACAUAAGAGCACCCACUCCCUUCAUACAGGCAGCUUGAGUCAGGAUACUCGUGCCCUUUCUGCCUCCCAGCCUUCACUCCCGCAGGAAGGAACCUUGCAGGCUGCCUCUGUGGCCCCCAGCCCUCCACCAUCCACCGGUACAUCCAACACCUCCAUUGGCCCACCUCAACUCUCUCACCCCAACCUGCCAGGGCCCUCAGGGGUAGGGAGACCAGUGGGUGCAGCACAGAGGGUGGCCUUUGCAUCCACACCACCUCCUGCUGGACCUGCUGGAAUGGGGGCAGCAGCAGCUGCUACGUCAAGACCUCCAGAAUCUGGAGUUCCCAAGAAAGAUUCAAUUGUCAGCCUUCCAGAGCUAGACUCUGCCAGAUCUCGGCUGUCUUCCAACUUGUGACCCUGGUAGAGUUCAGGAAUGAGGCCUUUUUUGUAGGAGUACCUGUUUGUUUUUGGUCAGUCUGGCUGCAGUGUCAGCCUCCUUGGGCCAAAUCACCUACCACCCAGGCCAUCAGUCAUUCGACCCGGAUGCACUGUGCGCUGGUGUCAGCAGACGGAAACAAGCAACUCAAAGUCCUGUGACACUAUGGCUAGGAGUAGUCUAUACAAUUAAACCUAUAACCUAAGGUGUUGCUGGCCUAGACUACUGUGCCGACACCUUUAGUCUUAGUAUCACCCCUUACACUCUGCUUCCAAACACCUACUCUGUAUCGCUGUCUUUACUGUAAAGAUACAAUGAAAAGUAUGAUUAAUGUAACUGUUGCAUACUGUGUAGAAUCCAUGCAAUGCAAUCUAGCAGGAGCUGGACUUAAAAAUGAAAAUCAGGGACUUGAGGACAAAUAACAAUGACAUUUUAAGUGUUUAAAAACAUGUUCUGAGUGUAAUUUUUCCAUAUAAGCUGUCGUAGCAAACAGACACAUUGCUCUUCAUAUUGUUUAAAAUCGUAGUGAACAUAGUGUUUUAGACCGCUGGUCGAUCUUACAUCUUUGUGUAAAUAGUUGAUGAAAAAUGUGUGGAAGGAUAUUAUAUUCAGUGUAUCUACCCAAACCAAAGUUGAGCUUGAACACAAAGUCUGGUUGUGUCUGUAUCAACUAAAAGAAACAUUGAAGAAAAUGCCAUUUAUUUAACUGCCUUGAUUCAAUGUUAGAAGCCAUAUAUUUGGUUCGUUCGUAUACAUGGAUGUAAGUUUGUGUGUGUGGGUUUGUAUGUUACAGUUCUAUUUUUAGAGAAUGGACUCACGCACUACACUGCAUUGUCAAGUGCAACUGGUUCAACGCGCUGUCGUCCGACACUGACCCGUCUGGAGAAACAUCUCCGCGGUCAACUGGUUGGUCAGCACUCUUGAUUGUAACCCUGAAGGCAAAGGUGGUGAAAUAAUCUGAGCUUUACUGAAAAGAAACAUUGGUGGAAAAAACCCAUAUUGUAUACUUGCUUGUUUUUUGUCUAGGUUUAUUGAUUAACACAUGCAAUAUAAUUCUGCAAUACUCUACCCC